AGCCGUCCCCUGCAAUAUGCGGAGUCAAUUCUGGAAGGACUGUCCACCAGACGGAGUCACAACGCUAUCAACGUUCCCUCUUCGCCCAGUUGCGUUAGUACGUCCUCUGCUCGUGCGCACACUUGAAGCUGAUCGUAGUAUCUCCAGCGUACUCUAUGUCAACAGAAUCUCGGAGCUCGACCUACAUGAGUAACUGCA